CUUGCGCACCAUGUUUUUCAGUCAAAAAAAUCAGCUUCACCCUUAAAAGCUUAUUCUAUUCCAUAAAUUAGGCAGCGAGGUAGAGAGGGUCAAACAGACACAGACUCGGCCUUUUGCUUUUUCUAACAAUCGCUGUGUGCGUUCCCUUCAACAAAAUUCUGGAAAGCAAGCAGAUAUGCGCUCCUCCACCACCACCACCAACACGAUUUCGAUUCACAGACCCCAACUCUUGAGGUUUCCCCACGAUGCUGCUGUUGUUGCAGCAAAUCAUAUUAAAUUUCAAAGGGUCACAACAGCUUCUUGGACAAUGGCAAUGGAUUCUAAAAAAUCAUCAUCUUUUGGUAAUUAUACGAGCAAGAAGGAUAAGAAGGAAGAGCUGUCCAUUAUUCCUCACUGGGAAUCAUCAUCUUCAUCCUCCGAUUUCCGAUUCGACCGCCUGCAGCCGUCGGAUCAAGAAUUGGGUACAGAUCAAAAAAGACUUGAGUUUGGACACUACGUGGCGCGACAGGCCCUUCUUGAUGAAGAGUUUUGGACAGCGGCAUGGCUAAGAGCAGAGAGUCAUUGGGAAAAUAGAGCUAACGAACGAUAUGUAGAUAACUUCAAAAGGAAAUUUGCUGACCAGGAGUUUAAUGCCAUAAAAAGGCGCAGUAGAGGCCAAAUUGGGCAGAAAUGCACCUGUAUUGUCACGGUUAUGAAGGAAGUGAAGAAUGUAAAACGCACUGUAAUUAAAAGUGUAGUUGGAACCCUUGAUUUGAGUAUCCGGUAUAUGUUGCAUGGAGAGACUGUUCCUGGGGAAAGGGUGAGAACUCCUCUCUUCUGCAGCAUCAACAGAACAGACCAAAAUAAAUAUGGGUAUAUUGCAAACUUAUGUGUGAUCAAAUCAGCACGUCGUCGGGGUAUUGCAAGCAACAUGUUACAUUUUGCUGUUGAAUCAGCCAAAUCCGAGAGCGUGGAACAGGUAUAUGUGCAUGUGCAUAGAAGCAACAUACCUGCUCUGGAACUUUACCAAAGGAUGGGCUUUGAGAUUGUGGAAGUGGCAAGCUCUCAAUUGGUAGAAGACCAAACUUACUUGCUUUGUUUGAAGACAUAGAAAUUCAUUCAACACAAACUAUUCCUUUUUUUUUUUUAGGGAUGGUUACAGUAAACCCACCUGUGGUUUGGCCCGUUUUCACUUUGCCUAUCCAUGGUUCAAAACUUAACACUUUGCCCACCUAAGGUUACUUCUAUUAGGACUCUGUUACCCACCUUUGGCUUUUCCGUUAGAAAACAACUUUUACAACCAAUAUAUAACAUAAAACGAAUCAAAAAGUUAGGGUUUGAAUUUUUUUGAAAGAGCUUGGAUUAUGGGGUUUUUUGUCUCUAUGCAAACUGCUGGUCCUCUACUGAAAUUCCUUUGAAAAAUAAUCAAGAAAGAAGGAAGGCAAGAAAGAUAGGGCAGCGGCCAACAAGGACAAAGACAGCAACAUAUGUUUCCAGAGUUGAGUUCAAGGGUUUGGUUUUGGAGGUUUGUUAAUGGUUAUGGCCCUUAUGGGGGCUGUUCUCCUCACUUCUCAGACCUCAUGUGUAAUCUAAUGUAACUGGUGUUCUUUUUCUUCCUACUUCCUACUUGUUCUAUUUGGCUAUUUGCUAUUGUUGCUGUGUUAUGGGUUUGGGAAUUGGGAUUGGGGGGUUCAAGCUUUAUCUGUUUGUGCAAGAGCAAGACUACUGGUGUUUCUUUGUAUUUCCUAAAAGCUUCACCAAAAGCUGCCUUUAUAAUUGUACAACUACCUAUAUAUGAUGAUAAUGUUAAGCUAGCUAUUGUUGUGUU